AAGACAUAUUCACGUUUCAAUCUUCGAGUCAAUCAGCGCAAUCAACCUCUCUUCCUCUUCCUCCUUCUGUUAACCAUAAAGCAAAGUAUAAAAGUAAUAGUAUUCCAAAAAAUCCGGAAGAAGCUAGGCGGAAACGUAUUGAACUUGACGCGCAAGUUCGAAGGAAACAUCGUGAACAACUUAUAACUGCGAAAAGAUUUAAACAUCAUUUAGAUGUUUUCAAAGACGAUGAAACUACAGAUUCCGACAAUGAUUUAUUAAAAGAAGAUAUCGAAAAACUGAAAUCCGGUUUAAAUAAUCCAAGUCGUAAAAAGCGUCUUUCUAGCCUCAAAGACUUGAGUGCAUAUCUUGUAGAUCCUUCGGAAACUUUGAAACGUUUUGUAAUUGAGGGAAAUUGUAUUGAGAUUCUUACCAAAUUCUUAUCCGGUAUAGAUCCGGAAGAGCAAUUACAAGCGACUUGGUGCAUAACGAAUAUUGCGGCGGGACCGAAGGAACUUUGUCAUAAGGCCUUGGUGAUAGUUCCAUAUUUAAUAUCUUUUCUUGAUGGAGAAAAUAUUCCUUUACAAGAUCAGGCUGCUUGGGCGAUAGGUAAUAUUGCAGUGGAAGGCGCAGAAUAUAGAAAUUUGCUUCGCGCAAAUGGAGUAUUAGUUCCCUUGAUUAAAUUACUCAACUCCCAGGAUGUAAACUUAGUGCAAACAGUAUGUUUCGCUCUCUCAAAUCUUGCUCGUGGUCCGAAUGCUAAAUUGGAAGAAUUUUUCUCUAUGGGAAUUACUCAACAUCUCUUUCGUCAUCUUGAAAAGGACGAAAUGAGCGAAGUUGUUUCUGAAAUUUCAUGGGUAUUAACUUAUUUGACAAGCGAUGAAGACAAAUACAUUCAAAAAUUGGUAGAAGAAGGAUUGGCGCCAGUUAAACAUAUGCGUCCUUUAUUAAGCUAUGGACCACUUGCAUUACCAUUGAUACGUACUUUUGGUAAUAUUGCCAGUAGUCCAGAUAAUAAUACAAUCAUCUUGAUUAAUCAACCUGAUUUUUUAUCUAACAUGAUUGAAUACAUUCAAAGUGAUUGCAGUCGACAUCCGGAAGUCUUAACUAAAGUAAUAAAUACUGGAUUUAUUCCCAUUCUUUCAGUUAUUGCAACACAUAAUAACUUUGAUAUUCGUAAAGAGGCCGCUUAUAGUUUACUCAAUAUCGCUUCGCAUGAAUUUAUUCGUUCUCAAGAUGUAGAAUUAAUUCGUUUAGGGUUGGGAUACUUGGAAAUGUUAUUGACCCAAGUUCCAGAUAUGCAAGGAAUUGAUGCAUUAGAAUCAGUGACAUUUUUGGAAGAUCAAACAUUACGUAGUACAGCAUGUCGCCUAAUGGAUCAAUUUUUUGGUGAGGAAUUUUCUAUUAAUGUAAAUGAGGUAACCGAAAUUAGCGAAAUGAACGAAAUGAAGUAA